AUGCAGAGCUAUCGGCGGUCUCGAAAUCCACUUGUUUAUGAAGUCAUGGGGUCUGCUCUUCUACUCAAAAUAACUCGCUUUACAUCCUGGUUAUUUAGCGCUUGCAAGCGCUGUGCACACGUUUUUCUACAGCUUGCUAUUCUCAUCCACUUCUAUAGCGUUAUGGAUUCAGAAAAAGAGGAGUACGAAAUGAAUCUUCGAAUGCGAGCUAACGGUGGUGACAGUAGUGGCGGUGGUUUCCAGCAACCAUCGGUAUUACCACCCCAACCACCGCCUUACAUGACCUAUCCUUUCUAUGGGAACUUAGGCUCACAAUGUCCCAAUGGAACUGAUCCCAUCAAUCAAGCGUCCUGUGCUCCAGAUUUCUUCUCCAAUUACAGUCCCCAAACCGAACCCAGGGGCAUAUGCGAUCUUUGUGGAUAUGUAGAAGAGUGA